AAAAGUCCUAUUAAAAAUAUAAAAUUUAAGUUUAUAUUUGAGAACUAAGUAAACAAAAUUGUACCGUAGCGACUAGUAAAAUAGACUAAUCAAGUAAAAUAGAGUAUUAUAAAACCAUGGCACUUCUACCAUUCACUAAAACUUUUACACAAAAACUUCUAAAAUUUCCAACCAACAUCAAAAUUGGCAUAAGAAAUCUGAUGUCUAAACAACUAGUGUACAAUGAAUUUGGAGAUCCUCUGCAAGUAGUCAAAUUCAGAGAGUGCAUAGUUCCGCCAUUAGGAAACCAGGAAGUAUUGGUGCGAAUGUUAGCUGCGCCGGUAAACCCGGCUGAUAUAAACACUAUCCAAGGCAAAUAUCCUGUAAAAGUAAAUUUACCGUGUAUUCCUGGAAAUGAAGGGGUUGGAAUUGUGCAAGAAGUUGGAAAGGAUGUGCAAGGCUUUUGUGCUGGUAAUAAAGUAAUUAUAACAAAACCAGUACAAGGUACUUGGAGAGACAUCGCCACAUUUAAUAAAGAUGUCUUAAGAAUUGUCCCUGAUGGCUUAGGCAUUGUAGAAGCCGCAACUUUAACUGUGAAUCCAUGCACAGCAUACAGAAUGCUUGUGGAUUUUGUACCUGCAAGGAAUGGCUUAGUAGUUAUUCAAAAUGGUGCUAAUGGUGCCUGUGGUCAGAAUGUCAUCCAAAUUUGCAAAGCCUGGGAUAUAAAAAAUAUUAAUAUUGUUCGAAACAGACCUGAUAUCAAUGAACUAAAGAAAUAUUUGGAAAGCUUAGGAGCUACCUAUGUGUUAACAGAAGAAGAGGUCCGUUCAACUACUAUUUUUAAAGAGAAAAAAAUUGAUAAACCAUCAUUAGCUCUCAACUGUAUUGGUGGAAAGAAUGCUUUAGAAAUGCUUAGACAUUUGCAGCAUUCUGGCAAAAUGGUCACAUAUGGUGGCAUGUCAAGAGAACCAGUUAACAUUCCCACAGGCGCAUUUAUAUUUAAAAAUCUAACGUGUCAUGGAUUUUGGAUGACAGAAUGGAAUGAAAGAGCUUCAAAAGCAGAGAAAGAUAAGAUGUCAACAGAAAUUAUAAAUUUGAUGUGUGAAAAAAACCUUAAAGGCCCUGUUCAUAAAAUGGUAAAGUUUAAUAAUUAUGAAGAAGCCUUAGGAAAUGCUUUAAGUUCUAAGGGAUUUACUGGCUGUAAAUAUAUUUUAGAUUUUAGUCCUUAAUUUAUUGUAAUGUUUUAAUAAGGUACAUAGUAGAUGUUCUUAUUUAAUAAAGUUAUGGUUUUUACUGAUAGUUAU